AUGGCCUCCCUCGCGUCCCUCCGCGGCCUCCGCCCGACCCUCACAUCCCUCGCCCCGACCCUCACAUCCCUCGCCCCGACACCACCCGCCGCCGCCGCCCGCGCCCUCUCCACAACGGCCCCCCUCGCCGCCCGCAAGGCCACAGCGGCCGGCACGCCCGAGUACGCCGACCGCGUGGCCAACAUCCGGCAGCACCUCUUCGCGCAGGCGCCGCCGCCGCUGCGCAUGGCCCGCAACCGCCACCUCCGCCACUGGACCAUUCACCGCGCCUGGCUCCUCCUGCAGCGCCAGCAGCGCGAGCAGCGCGAGCGCGAGCUCCACCGCAUGCAGCAGAGCAUGUACGUCGCCAACGAGGAGCUCCGCCGCACCGCCGGCCCCGGCACCAGGGACGAGGGCUGGCUGUACCGCGUCGCGCAGGAGAAGAAGGGCGUCUACGGCGCCGGCGCCGUCCCCAUCGAGUACGCGCGCUACCAGAGCGAGACGCCCGCCCGGCAGGCGUGGAACCACGAGUGGAAGCGGUAG